AUGAUGAAAUCAAUCGAAAGCAAAGGUUGGCUUGAAUAUGAAAGUGGGCAUGCUUGGUGUGAGAGUGCUUACAAAUACAACACCCAUCCACUUAUUGCUGAGUUCGCCAAUACGGUAACAAAUCUUCCAAUAAUUGUGCUACCAUUAGUGAAUGCAAUGAUGAUGCGCAAAUACAUCAGAAAGGUGAAUUCGGGAGUGGUUUGGCCGAAUCUUUUGCUGGCAUUUAAUGGGAUCGCUUCUACAUAUUAUCAUGCAACGCUCAAUCUUUUUGGCCAACUCGUCGACGAAUUGUCGAUUUUAUGGAUUCUCAACAUAUUUCUUGUCGUUUACAUUCCUGUGAUGCAAUGGUUUCCAGAAAAACAUAAAAAGAACAUACCUUUAUUCCGAUGGUCGGUCAUUAUUUUGGCUUCUUUCAUUUCGACUUUGUGUUUCUUUGAGCCAAAUUUGAACGCUCUUGCUUUAAUGACUUAUACAAUUCCCGGAUCAAUGGUGGUACACUAUGAAGGAAAACAUGCGAAUCUUCCGGAGAUCGCAAAUUUUCCUCGACGAAUCUUCAUUUUGUGGGGUUUAGCUAUCAGUUGUUGGUUUUCUGAUCGACUCGUCUGUGAUCUGUGGCUAUAUUUAGGUAUUCCUUACCUACAUGCAAUUUUCCAUCUGCUUUCAUCUGUUGCUGCAUACAAUAUUUUUGUCAUGUUCAAUAUGAUUGACAUUGAAAAAAGAAAUAAAGAACACAAAUUUACGGCUUCUAUUCGAUACUUUCCGUCUAAAGCGAGCACUAUUUGGUCAUUGCCAUAUAUAAUAAUGAGAGAAAAAAACUUC